CCGUCCUCUCCUACUUCCGUUCAGCGGCUCUUGCAGCUCGCUCACCUUCAAAUCUCCUUAAAAAAAAUCGCCGAUUUGCAGGGGAGGGGGGCAAGAAAUGGGGAUGAGAUGCCACGUCGUCGCGGUGCUGGGCGUGGCCUGCACUGUGGCCGCCGCCGUCGCCGCCGACAGGGGGCUGUCGUUCGCCGGCGCCGUGGCGCCGCCGGAGGAAGCGAGCUACCUGCGCAAGCUGGCCUGCUCCCUGUGGCAGAGUGACGGAACCACCUACCACCACGUGUGGCCGCCCAUGAAAUUUGGGUGGAAAAUCGUGUUGGGGUCAUUCAUUGGAUUCUUCGGGGCAGCGUUCGGCAGCAUCGGCGGUGUAGGUGGUGGUGGGAUCUUCGUGCCGAUGCUGACCCUGAUCAUUGGCUUUGAUCCCAAGUCAUCCGCGGCGAUGUCAAAAUGUAUGAUCAUGGGGGCUGCCGUGUCAACCGUGUACUGUAACCUCAAGCUGAAGCACCUGACAUUGGACAUGCCAGUGAUAGACUAUGAUGUGGCCCUACUCAUUCAGCCCAUGCUCAUGCUAGGGGUCAGCAUUGGGGUUAUCUGCAAUGUGAUAUUCCCUGACUGGCUCGUCACAGUCCUCUUGAUCAUUCUCUUCAUAGUUACUUCAACCAAAGCUUUUCUGAAGGCUGUAGAAACAUGGAAGAAAGAGACGAUAAUCAUAACGGAGACAGCAAAACAAUCAGAGCAAACAAACGAAGAACAGGUGUACAUGCCGCUGUCUGCAGGACUUGACGCCGCAUCUCAGUCUGAAAUUCUGUCAGAUGAUGAUCAAAAUGAAACCCCAUCAGACGAAGCGGUAUCCAUUUGGAAGAAUGUUUACUGGAAGGAGGCGUUCAGUGGGAGUUUCAUUGGAGAUAACACGACUUGGCCACAUGUUAAUGAGAUGCACGGCUGUGAGAAACGCUUCAUCCCAAAACUUUAGUGGCAUGGAAGCUGAAGCUAGGAGGGCGAGGCCUACUUCAACAAUAUGACGGUGCAUGCGCUCGGCAGAACUGUUCUACUGAUGAGCAUGUGGGCAUGAAAUAUGGUGAGAGAUACCAAUCUUUUGGAAAAAGGAAUUCAAUUUUUCAUACUCACCACCCCAGUCCGACUGCAUGGCUAUGAUUUUACUGUCGAAUUUACGUUCCACAAGAGCUUGAAAGUUAUGAAACACUUGGAACACGUCAGAUCGUUUCUUAAGGAGAUAGAUCCAUGUGUACUUGCUAUAGUCGUCAACAAAGCUCACAUAGUAAGUAUGCCUACCAAUAGAAGUGGGUGCUGGACCCCAAACAUCAGAAAAAAAGUUGCAAGGGCUUGGUUGACACACUAGUGGAAACAUGAUAUGGCAAUUGAUGACUUUUUGCCUUUUGGCAUGAAUCACAAAUAGUUUCUUAGUUUCUCUCACCAACAACUGAGAGUUUAUUUCUACUAAGAAUUUGAUGAAUAGUAGAAAAAGAUGGAUGACCUAAGCAACUAUGCCACCUUUCAGCAGAAAGAUUGAUGGCACCAUAGACUUGUUUAUUGGACUGGCAAUACUUGGGAAGCAAUGCAUAGAGCCCUUGCACACAAACGCCCCUAUGGAGAACUCUCUCCGUGACCUGAUCCUUGAUCAAAAAGAAGAACAAGUGAAAUUCUAGAAAAACAUUAUUGUCAAGGGCAAUGCGAUGAACAGAUAACAAGGUUUUGGAAGCAUUAGGGACAUGCAAGAUUUCAUUGAUCUCAAGGUUUUUAUGUGGGGUUUUGAUAUCUGCUUGACCAAUAGGACUAAUCUCCAUACCUGCACCGUUUGUUGUGGUGUAGACUUGAUCUUGGCCACGAUAUUUCUCGUGCAUCGUCAGCUUCUCCAGUUUGCUAGUAAUGUGAUUGGUGGCACCUGUGUCCAUGUACUAGUUGGUAUCGACACCAUAUGACGUAUCGGAUACAGCUGCAAUUUUUUCUCUUUUGGGCACCAUCAUCGGCAUAACGCCAAUUACAGUCCUUAGCUAUAUGAUUUGUUUUCUUGCAAAUUUGACAUUUACCCUCGUAGCCCUCGUAGCCUUGGAAGUUGCGCCCCCUGUUGUUGCUGUUGGGGGGACGCCGAGCGUUGUUGUUGCCGUUUGGGGGGCCCUGGUGAUGGUAGCUGAUAGGUC